AUGGUGGACCGGGGCCCUCUGCUCACCUCGGCCAUCAUCUUCUACCUGUCUAUCGGGGCGGCGAUAUUCGAGGUGCUUGAGGAGCCGCACUGGAAGGAGGCCAAGAAAAACUACUACACGCAGAAGCUCCAAUUGCUCAAGGAGUACCCAUGCCUGGGCCAGGAGGGCUUAGACAAGAUCCUACAGGUGGUAUCUGAUGCUGCAGGACAAGGAGUAGCCAUCACAGGAAACCAGACCUUCAACAACUGGAACUGGCCCAAUGCUGUGAUUUUUGCAGCCACGGUCAUCACCACCAUCGGCUAUGGGAAUGUAGCCCCCAAGACUCCUGCUGGGCGUCUCUUCUGCAUCUUCUACGGUCUCUUUGGAGUGCCCCUCUGUCUGACAUGGAUCAGCGCCCUGGGCAAGUUCUUCGGGGGACGUGCCAAGAGGCUGGGCCAGUUCCUCACUAAGAGAGGAGUGAGCCUGCGGAAGGCGCAGAUCACGUGCACGGCCAUCUUCAUCGUGUGGGGCGUCCUGUUCCACCUGGUGAUCCCCCCCUUCGUGUUCAUGGUGACGGAGGAGUGGGACUACAUCGAGGGCCUCUACUACUCCUUCAUCACCAUCUCCACCAUUGGCUUUGGCGACUUCGUGGCUGGUGUGAACCCAGACGCCAACUACCAUUCCCUCUACCGAUACUUUGUGGAGCUCUGGAUCUAUCUGGGGCUGGCCUGGCUGUCCCUCUUUGUCAAUUGGAAGGUCAGCAUGUUUGUGGAAGUCCACAAAGCCAUUAAGAAGCGGCGGCGGCGGCGGAAGGAGUCCUUUGAGAGCUCCCUACACUCCAAGAAGGCCCUGCAGAUAACAGGGAAUGCUGCCUCCAAAGACGUCAACAUCUUCAGCUUUCUCUCCAAAAAGGAGGAGACCUACAAUGACCUCAUCAAGCAAAUUGGGAAGAAGGCGAUGAAGACAAGUGGGGGUGGGGAGAAGAAGGUCCCAGGACCGGGGCCUCCCAGGGGUGGGCCACCAGGUGUCCCUGCCUCCUUGGCACCCCUGGUGGCCUACUCCAAGAACCACGUGCCCAGCUUAGAAGAGGUGUCACAGACUCUAAGGAACAAAGGCCAUGUGUCAAGGCCCACAGAGGAGGAGACUGGCCCAGAGCCCCCCGAGGAUGGUUCCCAACCCCCAGAAGGGUUCAUUAACCAGCUGGACCGCAUCAGUGAAGAGGGUGAGCCCUGGGAUGCCCUGGACUACCACCCACUCAUCUUCCAGAACGCCAACAUCACCUUCGUGAAGGAGGAGGCUGGCCUCUCAGACGAGGAGACCUCCAAGUCCUCACUGGAAGACAACCUGGCUGAGGACGAGCAGCUGCAAAAAGGGGCCGAGGCAGAGGCACCCCCGCACUUCCUUUCCUCAGACGAGUCUACCUUCACCAGCACUGAGUCUGAGCUCUCUGUGCCUUAUGAACAGCUUAUGAACAAUUUCAACAAGGCAAACAACCCCAAAGGCACAUGA